AUGGAUCAGAAUGAGAACGAGAAAGCAGUAGCAUUCAACAAGAAGGCCAAUACCAAGAAAAUCACGUCACUCAAGGAGUUCUUCACCUCUGAGCUCUCCUACGUCAACGACCUGACUCUUUGGGAGACUGGUUUCAGGAAGGAGAUCCUGAACAUGAAAUGCAUUCCAACAAAACAGCGGUAUCUUCUGAAUGACAUCAUCUUCUGCAAUUUGUCUCAAAUUGUGAAUUUGCACCAGGAGAAUCUCGAACUGAUGCAAGAAAUCAAUUAUCAGGCAAUGAAGGCAUCGUAUGAGAAAAGAGGAAAGGAAAUCAGUAAGCGGCUCAUGAAGAAGACUGAGUUCAUAAUACCAUUGGACGAGGACAUCGAUGUGACCAAAUUGGACUAUGCCACCAUUUACAUGGACAACUUUCCCAAGGCAUUUGCCUACUACAUCGACUACACCAAAACACUUCCAUUUGCAAUCUACGAGUUGGAGCGACUCAGAUUCAACAACGCCGAAUUCGCAGAUGGCGUAGUGAACUGGCUCAGAAAGAACAAGGUCUACAACCUGGGCGUAAACCACUUCAUGUUCAGGCCAUCUGUGAAAGCAGCCAGAUACGGGAUACUCUUUGACAAUUUGAUCAAAAGAGAGGUGACUGACACCAUCAGAGAGAUCUGGAUCGGUCUCAAGGGAAACAUCUCAUCGGCAGUUGAUGAGUUGGAUCGAACAUUCAAGGAGAGUUCGAAGUAUUUCAACCUCUACGUCCUGAAGAAGCUGGUCACCUACAGAAUCGAAUCACAUAACAUCUUUGCCCUGGGACUGGAACAGAAGGGCCUGAACAUGAUUCUGGAGACGCAGCUGAUUGUGAAGAAGUCGAUGGUUGAGCCAGCCUCGUACAAACAGGUCUACGUCUUCAACAAGAUGCUUGUCAUCUGCAACACGAUAUCCAAUCAGUUUGAGAACAUUGUGAUUGAUACGAGACCAAUAUUCCUGUCCAAAUGCAUAAUAAUGAGAAAUAGAAUGCCAUUCUUCGACCAGUCAGACAACAUCGACAACCUCUACCCAAUCUACGUGAUCCAGAAGGAGCUGCUUGACAUCAAGGGCCUCUACUUCACGGACCAGUACUCCCGGAACGCGUUCUUUGAGAAGCUGAAACACGCGAUAAAGCAGGCGAUUCCUGCUCGCCAGAAUGAUCAAUUCUUCUUUGACGAGGUAAACACCGUUGCUGCUGAUAGCAAACUGACCUGCAUCCUCGAAUUCGAGAACAACGACACCGAUGAGAACGGAGACACCUUCUACAACAGGCACAAGGAGACGUACGACCUGGAUAAGACGGUCGUAGGGCAGUUGGAGGAGACGGUGUCAGAGAGCAGCAGCGUUGCGACUGAGGAUGUCCACUGGGAGACGUAUUCUGGGCUGCAAUUUGAGUACGUGAAACACGAGGCGAAGUCGAAGGAGAGGAAGAAGUCGGUGCUACAGAAAAACUCCAAAUCGGGGUCACUGCUGAAAACGAACCUGUUUGAGAAGUUCUACAACAACAAAAUGGCGGAGAAGUCGGAGGAGUCGUCCGACCAGAGCGGCGAUGAGGAGCAGGCUGAGGAGGAAGGCGGCUGCUGCAACAUGCUGAAGACGAAUCCGCUCUUCGCAGUCGACAUCUCCAUCCAGAAGCCGCUUUCUGGUGAAAACAGGCCAUUUACGGUCUAUGCCACUGAAGAAGGCGUCUUUGUCCGCGUAGAGGGCGACGAGGAGGCAACGAAGAUCUGGAACCAGGGCACCAGGAAGGUGCUCUACGACGAGAGGCACCAGCUGCUGAUGUUCAUGGUCGGCCCCCGCCUCCACGUCGCCCACUUCCACUCGACCAUGCGCAGCAUCAAGCCGCAGGAGCUGAGUCUCAAGAUCGAGGACUUCUUCCACGGCUGCACCGACGACAAGACGUACGUGGUGCUGACUGUCUCAGGCGCCUACGACUUCUCGCUCAUCUACCUCCUGAACAUCGAGGAGCACGAGGAGCACAACCAGCUCGUCUUCCAGCGCAAGCUGUACAUCGGCAACAAGAUCUCGUCCCUCUGCUUCAUCAGAAACCGCCUGAUCAUCGCAUGCAAGGAGUUCGAGGUCGUCGACAUCGACUCGUUGCGGACGCAGUCGCUGAUCGAGGACUACGACACGUACACGGCCUCGUUCACGAGGGCGAUCAGAAGCCUCGAGGCCAAGGCCACCUUCAAAAUCGACUCAGAGACCUAUUUGCUCUGCUACAGCGGAGUUGGCUUCUACAUCGACCUGAUGGGCAGAUACAAACACAGCUCAAUCUACUUCAACUGGGAAGAAAGGGCAAAUCACUUCCGCCUCUACCGGAAAUACGUCGUGGUUCUGAGCGACCACUUUCUGCAGCUGUUCGACCUGCGAAACGGGAGGCUGCUCCACUGCCGCGAGUUCGAGGACGGGCAGUUCGUGCUGAACAGUCGGAGACUGCGCGUCUUCAACGAGACGGGGCAGUUUGAGAUAGCGGAGAACGACGACUUCGUCCACGUGAGGAAGAAGAGGACGAAGAAGGCAGUUGAUGGGGUUGGGCCGAGUAUCGUGGCAAACAGAAACAUCUUCAGGCAGUAUUCGAUGCUGACUACGAUACCAGCAGAAUUCAGGGUUGUGAAUCACACCGUGGCAGACCACACUGUUUCAGACGACCGUGUUCUGAUGAAGAAGAGCAGGAGGAAGAAGAUCAGGAAGCCACGGAUCAAGCCAGGUGACAUCCACAGGAAGCUGAGUGUGGACGAGGGCUGUUGGAGACUGAACAGGGCUGUGAGCAACAGGCGCAUUCAGACUGAGCCAGUUGGAAGCGAGUUGCCUGCCAUUGACAGGGUGGUUGUGACUGAUGAGACAGUAGCAGCACCAAUUUACAUGAAGGAGAAUGUGUCAACUGAGACAAUCAACGAGAUCAUCAAGGCGUAUGAGGAGAAGUACAAGAAUUACAGUCUGCUUUGUCUCAAGUUAGUGGGGUAG